AUGCUCCACAAACAGGAAGAGAUUGCUGCGAUGAAGAGGCGCGUGGCGGAGAUGGAGGCCGAGGCGGCCAAGCUGCGCGAGUUGCAGGCCAGUCUCGAGGAGAAGGAGCGCAACCAGGAUGUUGCCGACGACAAAAACGACAUUGACAGCCGCAGCAUCUUCGUCGGUAAUGUCGACUACUCAGUGUCACCAGAGGAGAUCCAGGCGCAUUUCCAGUCGUGUGGCUCCAUCAAUCGUGUCACGAUUCUGCUGGACAAGUUUACUGGGCAACCAAAAGGAUAUGCCUACGUCGAGUUCACCGAGCCGAGUCUCGUCGCGCAAGCCCUGGUUCUUAACGAUAGCGUGCUCAAAGGCCGCAACAUCAAAGUGACACCGAAGCGGACAAACGUUCCUGGCAUGAGUCGGGGUCGUGGCCGGGGCCGGGGCCAGGGCGGUUUUGGAAGAGGUGGCUACGUGCCGAGAGGAGGUUAUCGUGGUGGUGGCCGCGGCCGUGGCCGGGGAUUCACACCAUACUAG